AUUUUAGGAGCUGCAACACACACCAGCUGCUGAAGAGGGAAAAAUUGGCUUAGGGGGGAAAAAUUAGGGUUCCUCAUACUCUCGUUCUCUUGAAAUUCUCCCCCAACACUAGUACUCUUUCUCUCUCACGUCUCGGUUGAUCCUUUACCCCCAAACCCAAAUUCCUCAAUUCCCUCUCUGUUCUAAACCCUAUAAGCUUUUUGCGCCCAAAUUUCUCAGUCGUAAACCCUAAUGUGAUCGCACGCUGCUGCUUCCUGUAAACAUUUAAGUUUAGGAUGACCGAAACAAAAAGAAUGAAGAGUCCGCGUAAAUCCCUCGACGUGUUUGAGUUCAAAGAAGAAGAAGAUGAGCUGACUACUGAAAUGGCAGUCGAGAAGUUUGCCCAUAAAUUCGGUAACCCUAACGACCGCGAUGGUGAGCAUGCUAUCCAGGAUCAUGCAUAAUGCUAAUAUUUUCAAGAUUCACGGUGAUGAUGUACGGAUUAUUUGUUCUAGUUCCUGGAACUGAACUUCAAUCAAAGGAGAAUGGCACUGGAAUAUGUGGGGCCACUGAUGCUGUCAACAUUGAUUACAAGCACGGUGCCAUUGAGACUGAAGAUUAUGCUAAGGAGCUGCCCAAAAUGAGCCAUGUUCUGCAAAAUGAUUGUAUAACGCAUGUCCAUGACGCAGAAAAUAAAUCUAAUACCAUUGAAUAUGCAAGGAUCUUUGCUGGUAUGGAAUGCAGUUCAAGUUCCGGUGCCACAGUGCAGUUGGAGGACCACUCAAAUUGUGUCUUUCCAAUGUCCUCUUGCAAUGAUAAGUCCGUUCACCUGUCUUCAGAUGCUUAUGAGACCAUGAAUGAGAGAUCUCCGUCUGCUAUCACAAACAAUAAUGCUUCUUCUGAUGGACCGUCACCUGAUAACUGUUUCAGCGGCUGGAAUUUGGGCGACGGAAGGGUGGAAAUUGUUCUCUAUGCUGAUUACAUAACUUACUGUGGUAAACAUUAUCUGGACUGUGUGGUGAGCUUUUCUAGAUGUUCUGUAGAAGCUAGAAGUAGAACCAUAUAUGGAGAUGAAGGAGCUUUUCAUAUUCAUGUGGAGAUUAAAGAUAUUGUCAAAAUAGAGUCUCAGUGGAGUGCUCGGUAUGAGGCAGGCACCAUAAAUAUCUAUUUCAUUUCAAAAGAUGCAGCACAUGAUGAUUUUGUUCGUGAUGCUUCAGGACUUCAGGAGUUGAAAUUUCCUGCUGUUGACUCCAGCUGGUAUGAAAAACAGGAAGCAAUUGAAUCUCUGGAUGUGAGAUAUAAGGCAUUAUGGAAUGUCCUACUUGACACUGGGAUGGAAAAAUGUUCAGCUUUGCCUGAAGAGGAAGCUAAGAUGCUCACAAGAAGCUAUUUCCCCAAUUUUGAUAAGCCCUUUGAAGACGUGGUUUAUCCAAAAGGUGAUCCAGAUGCUGUUUCCAUCAGUAAGAGAGAUGUAGAUCUGCUACUGCCAGAUACAUUUGUCAAUGAUACAAUCAUAGACUUUUACAUCAAAUACUUGAAGACUAGACAAAAUGCAGAAGAUAGGUCUAAGUUCCACUUUUUCAAUAGUUUCUUCUUUCGAAAGCUGGCUGACCUGGAUAAAGAUCCAUCCAGUGCUUUUGACGGCAAGGCAGCUUUCCAGCGUGUUCGUAAAUGGACAAGAAAAGUAAACUUACUUGAAAAGGACUUCAUUAUUAUUCCCGUCAACUACAAUUACCACUGGAGUCUUAUAGUUAUUUGUUACUUUGGUGAAGUUGCCAGCUAUGAAGAUGUUGACAACAAGACGGUAAGAGUGCCCUGUAUAUUGCACAUGGAUUCGUUUAGAGGAAACCAUGCAGGGCUCAAAGAUCUCAUUCAAAGUUACUUGUGGGAGGAAUGGAAAGAAAGGCAGAAAGGAACAGGGGACGAUCUGUAUUCAAAAUUCAGAAACUUAAAGUUCAUCCCGCUUGAGUUGCCCCAGCAGCAAAAUUUAUAUGAUUGUGGCCUUUUCUUGCUUCACUAUGUGGAGCUUUUUUUGGAGGAAGUUCCCCCUAACUUUAGUAUAUACAAGAUUACACCGUCCUCCAAGUUUCUUCAAGCAGAUUGGUUUCCUCCCGGUGAGGCUUCCAUGAAACGCGCUCAUAUUGAGAGAUUGAUUAACGGUCUCCUUGAUACUCAAUCUGAAGAUUGUUGUCCACCUGGUGGGAAUGGCAUGCAUUUCUCUCCUGAAGGUCCAAACUGUGCUCUUGGCUAUGAGAACGGUGUCGAGUUUUCAGCAAAAUCCAGUCCUUUGAGGGGUUGUCAUGAGAGCUCACUACAUCAUGUUGAGCAUGGAAUUGAGAUGACUUUAUUACCAGCUUCAUCGAUAAGGAAUGCACAAUGUAACCACAGUUCAGGAUUGGUUUUAAAGGAGUUGUUUAAGCAAGCUUCUGCUUCAGAAACUUUUGAUCGUGCAGCCUGGGGUGCGUUUGGGGGCAGAGCAUCUCUUCAUGAGUUCAAGAGACCUGUGCCUCUGUCAGAGGAAGAGGUCGAAGUUGAUGAGUGCUUUGUACCAACAGAAUUAUCAGAACCUGUCUUCCAGCAACUAGAUGGUGUCACCCCAGAAGCACCCGUGUUUCCUCACUCAUCUGGAGAUUUUAGGUUAGAGCCAGUUCGCCAACCUACAUCAGAGAAUGAUGCUGCAUCUCCAGUAACAUCAGGAGACCUGCUUAGUGCUGAAGAUUCUCGAGGUCUGGUUGAGAUUGGUGAUCAAAAUGGUGAUUCCUUUUUCAUGAAGCACUUACCGGGGUUCUGUCAAGAAGCGAACCAGCUGCAACCUAAUCAUGGCUCAUCUCACGAGAGCUUGGUCUUCCGCCCAGCCUUAACUUCUGAUGAAAAGUUGGACGCUUCAGAGCAUGAGAACCCAUUUCAGAUUGUUGACUCCAAAGAUGACACACUUGCGUCAAAGUAUGGGGGUCAAGAGUCGCAAACAGAAUCAGACGAGCAGCGGGCUGCAAAAAGAAUACGGAUCACGCCCCACAACAGCGAGGAAGAUGUUGCUGGUAGUUUAUCCAAAGACCUGCAUUUGUGAAGCAAUGGUAAGUAAAUAUAUAUUCUUUUGUAAUCUAGAGUACUGGCUCGCCUUUAGGUCUAUAAAAGAACUGCCAUUGCUGCUAUUAUCAGCUAGUAAUGGUUCUAUGCUAGUCUCGAUGAAGAUGAGGAUGGAGUUGAAAUCUUUUCUGGCCAGCUGUAGUUGGUUUGUACAUUGUACAGCGCAGUUUAUUAUGUAGAAAGAGAGCAAUUAUGGGACGGUUGGUUGAUCCUGAGCAACGUAUGGAUACUUAAAAAGGGAAGUACUGGUCUUGAAUACUCGAAUAUGAUGUGAUAUUCUCGAGACAUAUCCCAUAUAUUAAAACAUGUCUAAAACGGUUAGGGAUGAAUUACAUUUACCUCCUUCAUGUAUGAUCUGUUUAUACAAA